AUGUUUGGAGAAAAGCCUGAUUUUUCCUACAAUAAAAGUCUUCUUUUACGAGAUGUGAACAAGGAUUUUCUUAUAGGCGUCUGGGAUAAUGAUUCCCUUACUGAAGGCUGGAAUAGUGAAGAAAGGGCACUAGCUAGAUAUAUAUCAAAUGUAUUAAUAAAAGAGCGUGCAAGUGCAGGAAAGCGUGAGAGAGUUACCGACUCAUUUGUAAACUAUCUUUUAGGACUUUUAAAAUUUAAUGAUCACCCGCUUUCCUUGGAACUGAAGGCAGAUUGUUAUUUUGAAGUGUUCGAUAAAAAGGUAGCAUCGGAAACUGACUUUUCUAUAUGGAAGGACAACCUAUUUGUGAUAGUUGAUGAAGACAAGCACUUUCAUAAUGUUAACAGACUUACUUGUUGGGGCGAAUAUCAAAUAGCUGGUGAAUUAUUGGCUGCAGCAUUUGUAAACCACAUAUAUACACGAGAAAUAUACUGUGUUCAAUCAUUAUUUGCAAUACGUGUAAUUGGGACACGGUUUACAUUUUACAGAGCAGAGAUUGAAUCUAAUUACAUUACCAGUCUUCCUGAAGGAUUUUCAACUAAUACAAUGUGUAUAUACAGGUAUCCAGUGGAUCAAAUUAAAGAUGACUUUCCGUGCUUUGAUUAUACAGAUCCUGAUCAAAGACGAAUUAUCCUAGAUAUUUUGAUAAGGAUAAAAAAUUUCGUUAUUCAAAAUAGAACAAUUAGACGAUAG